GCCCUGGACCUGGCACCUGGUGAUAAUUCUUUGUUGCUGCUGCGAGCAGAGUUAUAUUUAACCGUGAGGAACUAUGAGCAGGCUCUGCAGGACGCCAGUGCUGUUUGUCAGAAUGAACCUCUCCUGCCUAAGGGACAUCAUGUGAAAGCUCUGGCUCUUUCUGGGCUGGGAAGAUGUAAGGAAGUUUUGAAGGAAUUUCUCUACUGCCUCGCUUUAAAUCCAGAGAGUAACCCAGUGAAGAAAGAAGCACAAAAGGUAAUGUGUGAGGUGUUUUUCCCAGCUUCAGAAAACGUGCCUCAAAAUUUAACAUCUUCCAUCCAAAGCAGAAUGUUGAACGCCAGGUUAAAGGCUCCGUGUCACAGCCAUGUCACCCAGUCUCCUCUGGAGGAAGGUGGUAAUGCAGGGAGUUCUCAGAAUCCAUCUGAGAAAUCUGAUGUGUUUAGAAAUACCAGUUCUUCAGUUUUAUAUUUUGUAUUGGGUCUGCACUGCGAAGAGGAUAAGGCAGUGCUAGAAAGCAUCCUUCCAGGCGCGCCCAGCACUGGUUUAAAGAGACAGUUUCCGAAUGUUGAGGAUUCACAUGACCUGACUGCCCCUGGAAAAGUUCCCAGGACAGUUUCUAGGUUGCUCUUUGAGCCUGUCACGACACCAUGUGGACACACGUUCUGCCUGAAAUGCCUUGAGCGCUGCCUGGACCACGCCCCCCACUGUCCUUUGUGCAAAGAAAAGCUCUCAGAAUUGUUGGCCAGCAGAAAUUUUAAUGUAACUAUCCUGGCCGAAGAAUUAAUAGUUCGGUAUUUGUCAGAUGAACUGUCUGACAGGAAGAGAAUCUAUGACGAGGAGAUGACGGAGCUGUCGAAUCUGACCAGAGACGUCCCCAUCUUCGUGUGCGCCAUGGCCUUCCCCACCGUCCCCUGCCCCCUGCACGUCUUUGAGCCCCGCUACCGGCUUAUGAUAAGAAGGUGCAUGGAAACCGGCACCAGGCGGUUCGGCAUGUGCUUGUCUGCUGAGCACGCGGGGAUUUCGGAGUACGGUUGUAUGCUGGAGAUUAAGGAUGUCAGAACGUUUCCUGACGGGAGUUCGGUCGUGGAUGCCGUUGGGAUUAGCCGGUUCCGAGUUUUAAGCCACCGUCACAGAGAUGGCUACAACACAGCAGACAUUGAGUAUCUUGAGGAUGAGAAGGUGGAAGGCUCUGAGUAUGAAGAACUCACCACGCUGCAUGACUCCAUUUAUCAGCAGUCCGUGUCCUGGUUUACUUCGCUUCAGGACCACAUGAAAGAACAAAUUCUAAGCCAUUUUGGGUUAAUGCCAGACAGGGAAUUGGAGCCUCAGAGCAAUCCUAGUGGUCCUGCUUGGUCCUGGUGGAUCCUGGCGGUGCUGCCGCUGGAGCGGAAGGCUCAGCUGGCCAUCCUGGGCAUGGUCUCGCUCAAGGACCGUCUGCUCGCCAUUCGGCGAAUAUUAGUCAUCAUCACGCGUAAGAUGAAUAGUCGGCAGGAGCUGGUUACCAGCAGGGAGAGAAAUAACUGACUUUCUCUGUGAGGGUUUCUGGAAGCCGUUGCAUUUUUAUGAGGAGUGCCAGGCAGGGAGGAGUAGCCUCCAUCCGUCCUGCUCUGUAAAAUGCACAUGGUUAGGCUCACAGAAUGGAACACUUAGCAGACACUGACUCCUACUCAAAAGGUCAAAGCCUGUGCCUGCUGGACUCUGACUCUGUACAAGGUUAGCCUGAAGUUUGAAGGGAGCCUGUGGUUGGCCGACAACCCAAGAAAAUCCCUUUGAAACAGA